AUGGGGAAUGGAGGCGGUCGUGUCUUCGUCGGAGACCGACGGUUGCGUCCUCACCCAAAUCAAGCCUUGAAAUGCCCGCGCUGCGACUCUCUCAACACUAAGUUCUGCUACUACAACAAUUACAAUCUCUCUCAGCCCCGCCAUUUCUGUAAGAGCUGUCGAAGGUACUGGACCAAGGGCGGUGUCCUCCGUAACGUUCCUGUCGGUGGAGGUUGUCGGAAAACCAAACGAUCGAAGCCGAAACCCUCUCCGGAUACCAACAAGGAGAAGAAAGCUACCACCUCCUCGCACUCGAGCAGCGAGAGCUCAAGCCUUACUGCAGCCACGACGGCGACAACGACGGAAACAGCGUCAGCGCCUUCUUCGAGUUCUGCAGCAGCAGAGCCAGGAAUAGGGUUGCUUAAUUUUCCCGAUUCUAGGCUGUUCCUAUCUCAAAAUCCCAGCCCAAGUUUCGAGCCAUGUAUGCUGGACACGCUCGAGAAACCGUCAGCGGCUGACGGCGGUAUCUUCCCCGAGAGCGGAAGCUUCACGAGUUUGAUAACAGGAUCAAACCCAGGACUUGUGGGGCUAAAUUACUCGGAUAUUUCACCGUUCCGGAUGCAUGCACAGCAACGGAGGAUGGCAAGUAUGGUGGAAGAGAUGAAGAUGCAGGAAUUAACCGCGGGAGGGUUCAUAGAUCAGACCUUUCCUGUAGAGUUGCCAGAACCAGGGUUGCAGAACAGGACGAAUAAUGGCAACGGAGGAGGGAUAAUGGGAUUAGAUUGGGCGAGCAGUGGAGAUGGAGUAGGAGGCUUGUUUGAUUUUCCAAGCUCCAUUGAUCAAUGUUACUGGGGUCAGAACCAGUGGACUGACAACGAUCAAGGUCUCUACCUCCCCCAAAAUUCACCAUUUUGA